AUAUAUUACAAAUCUCAAAAUCUCCUACAACACUCUAUAAUCAUCCUAUUAGUGAAAUUUAAUCUUCCUUUUGAGAAAUGGAAACCACCACAAAAGUGAAAAAAGCUUUCGGAGGAAGAAAACCCGGUGGUCCAAAAACCAAAUCGGUUUCGAAAUCAAUCAAAGCCGGUCUCCAAUUCCCGGUUGGUAGAAUCACUCGUUUCCUGAAGAAAGGACGAUACGCUCAAAGACUUGGUGGUGGUGCUCCGGUUUACAUGGCCGCUGUUCUCGAAUACCUCGCCGCUGAAGUUCUGGAGCUUGCUGGUAACGCUGCGAGAGAUAACAAGAAGUCGAGGAUCAUUCCGAGGCAUCUUCUUCUUGCGAUAAGGAACGAUGAAGAAUUGGGGAAACUUCUCAGUGGAGUCACAAUCGCUCACGGUGGUGUAUUGCCUAACAUUAACUCUGUUCUUCUACCUAAGAAGACUGCUUCUAAAUCAACCGAAGAAAAGGCGACCAAAUCUCCAGUCAAAAAUUUCAAGCUUUUUAAUAUUAGUUUUUAUGUGUUUGGUGAAUUAGAAGGGCUAUCUUAUGACACUAAUGAACCUGUUUUGAAGAAUGAGUUUGAAAAGUACGGUGAAAUUGUAGAAGUGAAAGUAAUAUGCGAUCACAAGAGCGGGAAAUCCAAAGGUUAUGGCUUUGUGUUAUUUGAUUCAGAAGAAGCAGCUGCAAGUGCUUUAGCUUCCAUGAACAAUCAGUUACUAGAAGGAAGAAACAUCAGAGUUGAAUAUGCUCAACCUAAAAGUGGUUUAUAUCAGAAUCAGAAAUGAUUCUCAAUUUCUCAACUCAAAUUGAAACUUCAGAUCUCUCAGGAAAUGCAUUUACUAUUUAGAAUUGUGACAAUGUAGAACUCGAGAAUGAUUUGGUGAAAGAGUCUUUAGUCGUUUUGUAAUGACAGUGUGUUGUGUGUGUGUCCUCCUCAAGCCUUGUUACUUUUCAGAUUUGUUGUUGAUUGGUUCCACUUCCUUUGCUGCUUCCACAAAUAUUAAUCUGCCAUUAACAAUCUGAAAACAAACAACCACAGUAAAACCUAGUCCAAUUU